UUUAUCAUUUCAUCGCUCGCUUCUUCAUUGGUCCUUAGUUCCUUACAAAAAAAAAUGGCUAUCUAUCCUAGAAACAAUUACCUCCUAAGCCUCAUUGCAGUGGCAUUUGUAGCAGCAGGAGCCCUGUUGCCCACAAGUGUAACAGCGCAAACUUCUGUGGGUGAUAUUGUCACUCAGGCAUUCUUCGAUGGGAUCAUCAACCAGGCUGCUGCAGAUUGUGCUGGCAAGAACUUCUACACACGGCAAUCUUUUCUUGAUGCUGUGAACUCGUAUUCCGACUUUGGCAGCACCGGUUCGGCGGAUGACUCCAAACGUGAAAUUGCAGCUUUCUUUGCUCAUGUCACCCAUGAGACUGGCCACUUCUGCUACAUAGAAGAGAUAAAUCGUGACACAUACUGCGAUACAAGUCGAACAGAUUAUCCAUGCAACCCUAACAAACAGUACUACGGACGUGGACCUCUCCAACUAACAUGGAACUACAACUAUGGAGCUGCUGGAAACAGCAUUGGUUUUGACGGCUUAAACUCACCUGAAUCCGUGGCCUCCGAUCCCGUCCUUGCAUUCAAGACUGCAUUGUGGUUUUGGAUAACCAAUGUCCGUCCUGUUAUAAGUCAAGGAUUUGGAGCCACAAUUCGAGCCAUUAAUGGUGCUGUGGAAUGUGAUGGUAAACAGCCUGCCCUAGUUCAAGCCCGCGUCAACUAUUACACUGAUUAUUGCUCCCAGUUUGGUGUUGAUCCUGGCACUAAUCUCUCUUGCUAAAUUAUAAUUAUAAUUAUUAGCUUACUUGUAUGCUUCGAACGAAUAAAUAAUGCAGCCUAAAAGAAUACGAAUAAAUUCCAAGCCCCGUGGAAUAAUUAAGGAGAGGGCUACCUCCUGUUGUGUAGUCCACCAAAUAAAUUACAAAAAUAAAGAUCAUCGUGCUCAGAAGGUUGGCCUCUUUCAGAUA